AUGCGAAACUUCCUCCCCUUCCUCGCCGGCGUCCUUCCCCUCGCCUCGGCCAUUCAGUGCCCCAACCGUCCUGGUUUCAAGGUAGUCUGGCAGGAUGACUUCAAUGGCUGCCAGGGCUGCGCCCCGAGCGAGUCCAACUGGAACGUGGCGCUCAACAUCAACACCAACAACGAGCUCCAGGAGUACACCGAGUCCAACCGCAACAUUCAGCUCUCGGGCGGUCACACAUUGCAACUGGUGCCCUGGAAGGAGUCCAACGGCGAGUGGACGUCUGGUCGACUCGAGUCCAAGAAGGCAUGGCAUGCUCAGGAGGGCAAGGCCAUGCGUGUCGAGGCUGCUCUACGCACUGGUGAAGCUGCCAACAAGCAGGGUAUCUGGCCUGCGUUCUGGAUGCUCGGCGAUUCCAUGCGUCGGGGUACUCAGUGGCCCCUCUGCGGCGAGCUUGACAUCUUUGAGCGAGUCAACGGUGACCUCACUGGCUACGGCACCGUCCACUGCGGCCACGAGGGCGGCGGUCCCUGCAACGAGCCCGAGGGUCUUGGAAAGGCUGUUCCCAUUCCCGACAACAGUUUCCACACCUGGUCCAUUGUCGUGGACAGGAGGCCCGGCAACUGGCAGCAGGAGACCAUCCACUGGCUGCUUGACGGAGCUCCCUUCCACUCCCUGACUGGCGCUCAGCUUGGUGACGAGGGAACUUGGGCUACGCUUGCUCACUCUCCCAUGUACAUCCUUCUCAACGUUGCUGUUGGUGGUAACUGGCCUGGUGACCCCAACGGUGCUACUCAGGAUGGCUACGAAAACAUGCUCGAAGUCGCCUACGUCGCCGUCUACGAAACCACAUAG